AUGGAGGCUCAGGUUAUCUUUGGCAUCUCCUUUGUUGUCAUCUUCUUCGUCUCUGGGGCUAAACCAGCUACAUUCACAUUAAACAACAACUGCCCCUUCACAGUUUGGCCUGGAAUUCUAACAAGUUCAGGACCUCAAUUAUCCACAACGGGCUUUGAGUUAGCCUCAAAAGUCCCAUUCAUCCUGGACGUUCCAGCUACAUGGUCUGGCCGAUUGUGGGCUCGAACUCAAUGCACAAACGAUAAUGGCAAGUUCCAAUGUGCCACAGGGGACUGCGCCUCUGGUCAGGUUUCAUGCGGCGGCGCUGGUGGGAUCCCACCAGCAUCCCUGGCAGAAUUCACCCUCGCAGCAAACAAUGGACAAGAUUUUUACGACAUUAGCCUCGUUGAUGGCUUCAACUUGCCUCUUUCAAUCGCCCCACAAGGCGGUUCGAGAGGUUGCACCCCUGUCAGCUGCACGGCCAAUGUGAAUGCAGUUUGCCCGCAGGAAUUACAGGUUAAGGGGUCUGAUGGAGGUGUUGUUGCCUGCCAAAGCGCAUGCUUGGCCUUUAAUCAAUCUCAGUAUUGCUGCACAGGCGCUUUUAGUACCCCGGAUACUUGCCCUCCCACAAAUUAUUCUAAUAUUUUUAAGAGCCAGUGCCCUCAGGCUUACAGUUACGCUUAUGAUGAUAAGUCUGGUUUGGUGACAUGUACUGGUGGAGCUAAUUACCUCAUAACUUUCUGUCCUUGA